AUGAGAGGUCUGAGAAUGUCGGUUUUGCCAGUGACCGUGGUGGCGCAUUUGACCGCCAUUGCGACGACAGCCCUCGUCCUGGUUUGGCUCCUCAAGCUGCGCGGCGGCCUCGCAUGGAAUGCUCAGCCACCAGCCUCCUUCAAGGUUUUUAAUGUGCAUCCCCUCGUAAUGGUGAUUGGAUUCGUACUUGUCGCAGGAGAAGGCGCAGGAAUCAUGGCGUAUAAGACCAUUGGUGGGAGAAGGAGAGUUCGAAAAGCCAGUCAUCUGGCGCUUCAUCUGAUAGCACUGUUUGCUGGAGUUUUUGGCGUGGUUGUGGUGUUUAGGUAUAGGCACCAAAUCGAAGCUCAACACAUGAUCACUCUCCAUUCUUGGCUUGGGAUUAUCACUGUCGCCUCAUUUGGGGCGGCGUUCUACAUGUUCCGAGGGGCGCAAAUGUCCGCAAAGGCGUCGUAUCUUCCGUGGCAUAUCUUCGUCGGAAGCAUCAUAUUUCUGAUGGCAGUCGGCACCGCCUUGACCGGCAUUGUGCGGCAGUUUGCAAUUCUAGGGCUCGGCAACGAUCAAGAAGGCCACAUCGUCAACUCCAUUGGACUUUUGCUCGUUCUUUUUGCUGCCACCGUUGGCCUCACCGUAGUCCUUCCUUAUGAAAAGUGA